GAAACCUGAACCACCCAGUCCUACACCAGCACCAACCCUUGGUCUAGGUAGAGGGUCUAUACUUAGUCGAAUUAAACCUCCCAGUUCAGUUGUACAGCCUAUUGAACAGCCAAGUAUUCUUGGACCAUCUGGCGAUGCUGCGGGAGUAUUAGGUAAACUGUCAGAUCUUACAAUAGAAGAUACUGUCAGUUCAACUGAUAUAUACUACCAAAAACCUAAAUCAACUCUUCGACAGGGCACUGAAGGAAAACCGGUACAAUUGAGUGCCAACUAUAUCAAUCUGAAAUUGGAAGCUGGAAAAGGAUUAUUCAAUUAUGAAGUAAAAUUUAAUCCUGACAUAGAUUCUAGACCACUUCGUAGAAAACUUCUUAAUCAACAUUUACAAGCACUUGGACGAACAAAAGUAUUUGAUGGAGUUAUACUCUAUUUGCCACAAAAAUUAAAGGAAGAUUCAACAAUUUUUGAAUCUACACAUCCUAUGGACGGCUCAACAGUAACAUUGACACUAAUAUUUAAGAAACAGCAAAGCAUGUCUGAAAACAUUCCAUUUUUCAAUGUUCUACUUGGCCGUGUUAUGCGAGCCCUUAGCUUAGUUCGCAUUGGUCAACAUAGUUUUAACCCAAAAGGAAUACAUGCAGUACCACAACAUAAAUUAGAAGUAUGGCCUGGUUAUGUGACUACCAUUAAUGAAUACGUAGGAGGUUUAAAGUUGUGUAUAGACGCAAAACAUCGUGUUAUGCGUACAGAAACAGUACGUGAUAUGAUGGUUAAUUUAGGGAGCAAGCCGAAUAUGAGAGAUCUGAUUAUGAAGGAAUUAAUUGGAUUAUCUGUAUUUACCAGAUAUAAUAACAAAAGUUAUUGUAUCGACGAUAUUGAUUGGGAUAAAAACCCAACAUAUGUUUUUGAGAAAGGAGAUGCAAAAAUAUCUUUACUAGAUUACUAUAAACAACAUUGGAACUUACAAAUAAAAGAUACUCAGCAGCCACUUUUAGUUAAUUGUGCAAAAACUAAAUCAUCGACUGGUGCGCCUCAAGAACAACUGAUACUCUUAAUUCCCGAGUUAUGUUUUGUAGCAAAUUUAACUGAUAGUAUUCGUUCAGACUUCAGAAUAAUGAAGGAUCUGGAUGCAUUGACAAAAAUGUCACCCAAUGCUCGUCGUGAUGUAUUUAGGCAUUUUGUACAGGAAGUACGAAAUAAUGAUAUUCCACGACAAAUAUUAAGUGAAUGGGGUUUACAGCUGGAAUCAGAUUUAGUUGCCUUUACAGGAAGAGUUUUAGAACCUGAAGAAAUAACUUUUGGUCAGAACAAAAAAUUUAGACCGCCACCUCAUAAACCGGCAGACUGGGGUUCUGCAGUUUGUAGAAACCAUAUGUUACGCACACCACAUUUAAAUCACUGGUGUGUCUUAUAUUGUCAAAGAGACACGAGAUGCACCGAAGAAUUUGUUGGUAUGCUUAAAAGUGUUUCAAAAGCAAUGGGUAUGAAUGUUAGGGAACCACGGAUAAUUUGUUUACGAGAUGAUAGGACUGAAACAUAUAUUCAAGAAUUACGUAGAAACAUUCAGCAGAACAUUAAUCUAAUGGUUAUUGUAUUUCCUACAAAUCGAACUGACAGAUAUUCUGCAGUAAAGAGAGUAUGCUGCGUAGAAAUGCCUGUACCCUCUCAAGCAAUUAUGUCGAGAACUAUAUCUCGUGGUGAUAAGCUAAAAAGUAUAACAGAAAAGAUUGCCUUGCAAAUUAAUUGCAAAUUAGGUGGAGCCCUUUGGGCACUGGCUAUACCAAUGGAUAAUUGCAUGAUAUGUGGUAUAGAUGUAUACCAUGGAGGUAUUGGUCAAUCUACAAAUCGAAGUGUCGCAGGUUUUGUUGCAAGCCUUGACAAACUACUAACAACUUGGCACAGUAAAAUUUGUCUACAAGGUCGUCACCAAGAACUAGUAGAUAUGCUCCAAAUCUGCAUGAUUUCAGCAUUAAAAGCUUAUUACAAGCAUAAUAAACGUUACCCGGACCGCAUUAUUGUUUAUCGAGAUGGUGUUGGCGAUGGUCAAAUUGAAACUGUUGCUAAAUACGAAGUGAAACAAUUAUUAGCAACAUUUAAAAAUAUAGAACCAAGCUAUCAGCCAACGUUAACUAUUAUAAUAGUUCAGAAACGUAUUAACACACGAUUAUUUGCAAAAUGUUCCAUGGGCUUGGAGAAUCCAUUACCAGGAACAGUUGUGGAUACAUGCAUAACCCGAGCUUCUCUCUACGAUUUCUUUUUGGUCUCACAGAAUGUAAGAAUGGGUACAGUGUCACCGACUCAUUAUAUUGUUGUUUAUGACAGCAAAAAUAUGAAGGUAGAACAUAUACAACGAUUAACGUACAAGCUUUGUCACUUGUACUAUAAUUGGCCUGGUACUGUAAAAGUUCCUGCUCCUUGUCAGUACGCUCACAAACUUGUUUCCCUUGUUGGACAAAACAUACAGUUGGAACCUCAUCAGUCGCUUGCCGAUACAUUGUUCUACUUAUAAGUUAUUUUUUAAGACAGUUCAAAACAAAUUUA